AUGGCUCUCUCGCGCAAUAUCGCGGACUCUUCGGGCUGUGCUAUUGCUACCAUCUACCGCAACAAUGAUGGAGCCAGAGGCACUGCUGCCAUCCUGGAAGACGAGAGACAGGACGCGGUUCGUAUGCUUCUCGCCCGAGUACCUGUUCACCGAGUAAAGGAUGUUGUGCUGCAGCUCGCGCCGAUGUGGACUUCGGCCGCACGUUUGCCCCCACUUCACGUGCUCGCCAGGUCCUCGAAGGAGCGCCAGCCACAUCUUUUCACGCGAUACGCGCCACCGUUCAUAUGCAGAUAUGGCGGAAUCUUGAACUUCACUGGGUCGCGUUACUGCAGGUGA